CUCAAAUCCCACCUCCCAUCUCUAAUCCACCUCCCAUCUCAAAUUAUUGAACAUUUUAAAAGCAUCAAUUUGUCUCAACAGGCUCUAUUGAAGUUUUUGGUGUGUGUCAUCAAGUCUGCACCUAGAAGCUCAUUUGCAAGAAAAGGCAGCUCACUUGAUUAUCCUACAGCAUUAGACUGGACUGGCUGGAUUAUCAACGCACAUUACACGGCUUUGGUCUUGAAUUCAAAUCUUCAAGGUCUCCUUCUGGACUUACACAGCUGUGUGCAGGACCAGGUUACUCUGUUGGAGAUGCUGGGUGAACUAGAGGGAUUCCUGGAACAAUAUAAAAACAAACAUCCCUUACCAGCCAAAGAGAAUGUUGGUUUGUAUUCAGUGGAAAUGUUGGAGCUGUAAACAGACAUCUGUUCUAUUAUAACAAUAAGCUAUGUCAUGUUGUUUAAAUAAAGGAAUUUUAAUGAAUUUA